UUACAUACAUUGAUAAGAUCCCCCCAAGCCUUCUCUUCUCCAGGCUGAACAGUCCCAACUCCCUCAGCUUUCCCUGGUGUGUGAGAUGCUCCUUCCUUCAGGUUCACCCAGACCAUUGUUGGAACCUAUUCCCAGAAAGUCUUCCUGACUGUGUCAGUGUAUGGUUCUGGUGGAAGGAUUGGAGCUGACUUUUGUUGUUUUCCAUUUUAGUGCUUUGUUUGCAGAAGACAGUUAAUCCGUGCAAGCUUUUUCACCAAGUUGCACAAAAAAAAUGAGAUUUUGACACCCACAAUGUGAAACUGCCACCACCUUAGAUUCUUAAGGGCUUUUUCAUACACGGUAUUUGAAAUACAAAGUGUGCAUGUGGAAUUGUGUAACAUAUAGUACUGAAUUUCAUUGCCAUGAACAUCUCAAUUUUGUAAAAAUUUUAAUUAGAAAAGAAAGCUAUUCUCACUUGAGACAUUGUCUUAAUUAACUCAUGAGUCUCGUGCCAUUCCUACAACCAGUUCUGUCCGUAUUAUUUAGUUAACGUUGCUAUUCACUAGCUAUUUCAGUACUAAUAGAAAUACAUGUUAAAGAAUAGCCUCACUGAAGGCUGACUGAGUGUCAUGGUGGUACUGACACUGUUGAAUCUAAUCUUUUAUUCUAGAUCUAGAAGGUCUGAUCAUUAGAAUCAUACAAUCGUUUAGGUUGGAAAAGACCUUUAAGAUCAUCAAGUCCAUUAGCAUGACUCCAGACUUUUAAAUUUGGGAUUUAUUAUUUGUCCCGUUAGAAAUCCCAGACUGAAAAAUAUAAUAUAAAUUGCAUACGUGAUCUUUCCCAACUUCAAAUUUUACUUUGUGCAAAUGGGAGAAUAAUACAAAGUUAACAAAAAGAUAUUUUCUUUGGCUCGCUGAUCUGUGUUAAAUCUCCGAAUCCGUACUAAUCUGUAUUUAAAAAGAAAACAAGCUGGGAAUGAACGUGAAGAGAGUCAAAAAUCUUAUGUCCGAAUUCAAAAGUUAUAUCUGUGUAAAAUACUGAACACAGCUCUACUGAGCCUAGAAUUAGAACCCACAAACUGAGAAGAAAGAUUUUGAACGGGUAGCAGGUGCUGUCAUUUCACAGCCAGCCCUUGCUCAAGCAGUCAUCUUCCCAUCACUGGGGAAAACAUGCACAGAAAUGGAAUUUACCCUUUCCAGAAUUUGGGGAGACAUUGUCUGCGUUCUUUGUCUUCUUGCUGUAGUGGAAGAAGCUAAUGUGAAAAAUGAGUCCUGGAAGCAGUGGAGAAGUGCUUUACAAGCCCCAUGCCAUCCUGAGAGAGAAGAGAAGCACCAGGGCUCAGCAGAGCUGGCAACUACAUGGCCCUGGGUCUGGCCUGUGUGGGGAGGAGAAUUCCCCACUCUACCAAUAUCUGCAGGAUUUGGGACACACAGAUUUUGAAGUAUGUUCAUCAGCAUCACAGAAGGCAGAGCAAUGUGCAGCAGCAGAGAGCCAAAGAGAGCGGACUGUGCAUGCUGCCCAGAAACAAGGCAUCCUGUCAAAACUAGUUGAGUUCUUUAGAAGUUGGUUUCCUUUUCCACAAUAUAAGAAAAAUGAUGACAUACUUCACCGACUGGAUGUUGGAUUUCGGUUUGACACGCUCCGUACCAUCCUGCAACAGGAAGUUCUGCUGCAAGAGGAUGUGGAACUGAUUGAGUUCCUUGACCCCAGUAUCCUGUCUGCGGGGCAGUGUAAGCAACAGGAAAAUGGACGGCUUCCAACGCUACGCUCCCUAGCAACUCCUAAUAUUUGGGACGUCUCGCUGUUGCUUGCCUUUGUAAGUGCACUGCUUGUGCUUCCUUCGUGGUGGAAGGAAUCGUCCUGGCGGCUGUGGGGACUUGUUCUGCUUGCCUAUGCAGUCUUUCGAGUGUGGGGCACAUGGAGGACAGCCAAGCUGCAAAUGUCCCUGCGAAAAUACUGUAUCCAGCUGGAAGAAACGGUGGCAAAUAGCCGAGCUUUUACUAAUCUCGUGAGGAAAGCUCUACGACUCAUUCAAGAGACUGAAGUAAUUUCCAGAGGAUUUACCCUUUUGCUUGACAGGGUCAGUGCCGCUUGCCCAUUUAAUAAAGCUGGACAGCAUCCUAGUCAGCAUCUUAUUGGUCUCCGGAAAGCUGUUUAUCGAUCUGUCAGAGCCAACUUUCGAGCUUCAAGACUGGCUACUCUAUACAUGCUGAAAAACUACCCUCUGAACUCGGAGAGUGACAACGUGACCAGCUACAUCUGUGUAGUCCCCUUUAAGGAGCUGGGCCUGGGACUGAGCGAAGAGCAGGUCUCUGAGGAGGAGGCACACAACCUAACCGAUGGCUUCAGCUUGCCCGCGCUCAAGGUCCUCUUUCAGCUCUGGGUAGGGCAGAGCUCAGAAUUCUUCAGGAGGCUGGUGCUGCUCCUCUCUCCAGCCAACGCGUCCCCCAAGCCCUUGGUCUCCCCGGAGCGGCUGCCUCAUCAUAUCUUGUCUGAUGUAACGCAAGGCCUACCUCAUACACAUGCUGCCUGCUUAGAGGAGCUUAAGCGAAGCUAUGAGUUUUAUCGGUACUUUGAAACUCAGCAUCAGUCGGGUUUUGAACGGCCAGCCAGAACAAAGCAGAAGUCAAGAGAGCUGAACAGUCUUCAGACAGCUGUACGCAGCUUGCAGCUUCAUCUCAAGGCGCUGCUCAAUGAGGUAAUAAUUCUUGAGGAUGAACUUGAAAAACUUGUUAGCACUAAGGAGACACCUGAGUUGACAACAGAAGCCCAUCAGGUUCUGGAGCAAAAACUAAAGUUUAUUCAGCCUCAUAUCCAGGCAAGCAACAGCUGCUGGGAAGAAGCCAUUUCUCAGGUGGAAAAAAUGAGUGGAAAAAACCCAAAUAAAAAAGGCAAACUUGAAGUUUCCUGUGACAACCUACAGCGUACUACAGUACCUUUAACACAGCCUGCCAUAUACAUAGAAAACAAAGAUCCAAUCCCUGAAGAGCAGGAAUUGGAAGCAUAUGUUGAUUAUUCAGAUACAGAGAAUGACUACAGAAGGGAAGAUUUUUACUGCUUUUCCCAGGAAGAAAGAGAAAGACAAGAACGAGAGAGACAGGAAUCUAAGAGGGUGUUACAAGAAUUGAAAUCUGUACUGGGAUUUAAAGCUUCAGAAAUAGAAAGACAGAAAUGGAAACAGCUGCUAUUCAGCGACCAUGCUGCAGUGAACCCCUUGUAUCCUGUAGAACCGCUGAAGCUACUAAAUAAUUUGGAAUCACAUAUGAAUUCAGAUACAGAAAAGCAGGACUGCAGCCAAAGUUGUGAUAAACCUGAAGAAAAAGACUCUAAUCCAAAAGCGAAUGCUGCCGAUAAAAGCAGGACAGAGUAUUUGUACGAAGAUCCCGAGAUGGAGAAAAACAAAGACGGUAGUACUGAUGAAGGUAUUUCUACAGGGGCUGAAGAAAGAACGUGUUAUCAGCGUGAAGGGGAAGCUGAAGAACUCAAGGCGAGUAAUAUGGAUGGAGUAAAGGUUUCACAGCCUCCCUCUAAGGAUGCAUUGCAUUCAAAAAUCAAGCAUAGGCUGGCCCAGCUCCACAUAUCAACAGAUUUAAACUUCACAUCUGGUCUGGCUGCACAAGUUGCUGCCAGGUCUUUCACUUUUACUACAAUGCAAGAAGAGACUUUUGGAGAUGAGGAAGAGGAAGAGGAGGAGGAAGAGGAGGAGGAGGAGGAGGAAGAGAAGACACAGAAGUGUGACGACCUUGUGGAAGACUGUGAGAAUGAAGACAGGGGCUCUGAAAGUGAAGGAAAAGUGUAAGUCUCAGCUGAACUUUGUUAAACCAACAGCAGGCAAUUUGAUGGAAAAAAAACUAAGGUGGGGGUUUGAAGAUUAAAAUAUUAAUGGAAAAAAAAGGAGGCCUAAAUAUAAUACAUCUUGUUCCCUGAGUCUGAUACGCUAAAUAGGACUUCUAAGUAUACUGAGAAUUUGCAGGUAAGAGAAGUUUAGGCUGCAUCCAAGAAAUAGUUGGCUGUUGCCUUUUUAAGAUCCUAGUGGUGGGGUUUGGAAUUUACCUUUGUGUUUUCCAUUUUAUUUAUUUAUAUUAUAAUGUAUUGUGGGUUUUUUUCCUAAAAAGAAGGAAAAACAAUGUCUUGAAUUACAACAGACUCCGUUUUCUUUUGCUCUCUGAUUCUGUUGUCAUGGUAUCAAUGUUUGUUCCAACAAAAAAGCCAGGACAUUUGUUUUGGAAGAACCUGAACUGUUCCCUGUGAUCUUCCCCCACCACUUCCGUUUCACUUCUCGUGUCUGCAGUGUGUUGCCUAAGCCACCGUAGGCAUUUGUGAUUCUGUCGCUAGUGAUGUGGCUCCCAACUAAAAUGUAGAAUUUUAAAUAAAAACUUGAAAGAGCUAGUAUUUGAUGUGUCCUGGGGUAUGGGGCUGAAAUAGUAUAAAAUUAGUCAUGCUUCGUAUUAAGGUUUACUUAGAAUUCUAUGAAGGGUUAAUAAAUGAUUUCUAGGUGUUGUAAUUCAUGUCAGAGAAAUGUGUAGUAUAUGUUAGAGAGGGUUAUAAGCACAUCAGUAGCAAGUACUGUAGACAGCUAGAAGCUAUCUGUUGGACUGAUAAUAGAUGAGAAGUAAACACCCGUUUAUUAAAACAGCUAUUAAUUAUUUGUUAACCUUUUGUAAAUUGAACCUUAAUAUAAUUGUUUGAUUUGAUAUAAUGAUUGAUUGUACAUUUUUGUUUAUGUCCUGAAGUAAUUUUCUUAAAGCAAAAUUAUCUGAGUGCUUAACAACAUACGGUAUUUUGUUUAAUCAGCAUACUCGCUUUUCCCUAAUGUUCUGUCAUUUUUCCUUAGAUCACAACUAUAGCCUGCGUGAUUAAGAAUCCAUGAGAGAACAAGAAUUGUGUAUUUUCUAAGGUGUAUCUUAUAACUUAGUUGACACCGGUCUGGAUGUUUGGUACGAGGUUAUGUGGGUUGGUUUUUAAUCUGUGGUGGUGUUAUGGGGAGCAGCAAACAGAUGCUCACCUCGCAGAGGAGCUGGUUAAUGGUUUCACUGCCUCUCUUCCUUUUGCCCUCUGACACAAAAUGAAGCAAAGGUCUCGUGUCUCUGGUGGCGAGAGAGUUGCCUCCUUGUAUGGAGUGCUCUACCUGCACCUGGAUACAUUCCGAGUCACAAAACACCUCAUCAGUUACUUAGGGUAUUUAUUGCCUCUUGCUGAUUCUACAGAAUAAAGGGGUUUGUAGAUGGAAGUGCUUUGGAGCAGUAUCUUUCCUAGGAUGCUGUCCUGGGAAGUGGGGAAGCUAACGAAGGUCAGCAGGAUAGGGUGGAACUCUUGACCAUAUGUCAGAAAAAAGUGCUUUCUUUCAACCUCCCUCUCUUCUAUUAGAGAUUUUGUAUGAACGCUCUUAAAUACGUGGCUUCCUUCACAGACCACAAGGAGGUAAAUGUCCAUUGAUAGAGAAGGGAGUAUGUGACUGACGCUGUUCGUUCUUUCACAGAAUAAUGCCUCUCUUCUCCCUCACACACAGCUUUUGGGAAGAGAAUGAUUUGCCGUUCUUCAUUAACCAGUAACACUGUGUUCUCUGCCCUUAAUUUUGUGGGGAAAUUGUAAAAGAAAAAAAAAGAUGCUUCUCAUAGUGCGUUCAGAAGCUAAGCCCUCCUCUUAGUGGUAGAGCAUGUUCUUCUGUAACCUGUAAAGGUUAGGCUAAGAUGAUGAAACAGUUUUAUUUUCCCUGUGGUAAGCAAUUUUUUUUAAUCGUCUAGAACAACUGCUUUGGAUAAAUUGUGUUUGAAGCAUUGUCCAUGCUUCUGAAAAAGAAGUCUUCCUCAUCCUUGACUUGAGAUCCUUGAGUUCACAAAGUGCCCAGAUAUUUUUUGUUCCUAGCUAAUUGUUCUGACUGCCGAAAUGUAUGUUCCAUUAAUACUGUUCCAUGAACUCAUCCACUGGCAUCUCAUGAUCUAAUGUUGUAUAUCCCAGGAAUGGUACUCCUGAACUUUUCCCACAGUAUCCAAAUCUUAGUUUACAAUGUGUGUGGCUAUCAUACCAACCUGGAAAAAUGAUCAGAUUUAGGAUAUGAUUUAUCACUCUCCUCACAGUUUUGGAUGAAGUCAGUAGUAGCCUGAGUGCUUUGCAUUGCUACUAAAACAGGUUUCAGAUCUCACAUUUAUCAAAGUUGCUAGUUCUUUAUUCUUUUGCUGCAGUCCUUAGCAAAAACCUGGAGAAUCUACGUUGGUGACUCACUUGGGACCUAGUUUUAUGGUACACUGGUCUUGGUGAUAAACCUGGCCUAAGAAACCCCAUCCAUCAUUAGCUGUUCAUUUUUCACCAAUCAGCUAGGUCAACACAGGGUUUUGUGGCCAUAUUAUAAACCGGCUCAUGAGCCCACUUGGGUCAAAAAUCCACCCUUUUCAGGGGUUACUUUUCACUGUUCUUAUUGCAGUGAUGCAGUUUACAGCAUUUACCUCCUAACAGCUGUAUCAGCACACACUGUGGUGGCUGGCGUGAGGCUCAGGAUUGCUCACGUUUGCAUUAUUGGCAAAGACGGUGUAGUGUGAAAUUACAGCCUUGACAUUAGACAUGGGCAUGAUCAAAGGAUGACUUUUUGGAGCGAGUUCUGAUCCUAAUUUGAACAAACAGAUUUUCUACAAGCGAUUUCCAUGGUCUGUCUUAACACAGUCUUAGAAGCUGCACGUAUGAACAGCUGGGCUCACUUGCGUUCUCUGCCUCUCGUCACAGCUAUAUAUAACAGCCAUCAGGUCACUUAUUUUGAUUUAUUUAAUAUUCUCCCUGCAGCAAAAUAAGGCUAACAGCGUACAGCGCACAAAGCAUGGCUUCACUUGAUUUGAUCACCAGGUUCCAUCUACGUAUAAAUAGCCUGUUAUAAUCCAGAUUUCCUCAUAAUUAUGUAAUUUGGAAGGACAGUGCGUACAUGCUGUAGACUCCUUCAAGAAGCUGACAGGUGUCUUGGCAAUCUUAAUUCAUUGUUGCAUUUAACAUAACAUGUAUGAACACACUGAAGUGUGCAUUAGUGCUUAAGAGUUGUGUUGAUAUAUUGAACAUGUCGAGGUCUGAGUGCUGUGCUGUGUUCUUUGGCUCAUUACCCUAGAUAAGGAUUUUUAUGAAAACAGAGCAUUUACUUCUUAGAGCUUUGUAACUUUUUGAAAUGUUAAAUCAGGAAAUCCAUACUAAAUAAUGGGUUAUGCCAAAGGAUAUCAGCAGCCAAAAUUCUUUGCGAAGAAGCAGAGCUAACAAUAAAUGCAUUUUCCCUAUUCCAUUUCCAAUUAGUAGCUCAGUGAAGUUGUAAAGAAGCAAGUAAUUAUGUAGGGUUAAAAAAUUUCUUAUCCUGUCCUACCUGGAAGGCACUCCAAAGAUGUUUGAGAAAUAUCAAAAGAAAUAACAAAGUAUACUUGAUUCUUAAGUUGGAUUGAAAUCUAGCACUACAGUCUUUUAUCUCACUUAACUUUACAGCUGAAGAUCUAGGUAAAGGCUUAAAUGGGCACAAAGAUCUGUGAUAAGAAAAUGACUUGUCCCUUUUUUUAAGUGUAUGUCUUCAUGACAGAAAUGAAACAGUGGUGUAAUGGAAGCAAAUUCUGAGAAUUACAGGUAAUCAAGCAUCUUUCAA